AUGAACGGAAGUCAAAGCACUACAGUACUGUAUUUAAUAUUGAUUGCUUUCUACACAAGGCAUGUGUUCGCGGAGGACUACUUUAGAAUGGGCACGAACACCAACGUGGCGGAGGCGAUGCAGUUCCUGCGGGAGUACGACAGAGAGGCGGCCAGCAUGUGCUACAGGGUGACGAUGUCCCAGUGGAAGUUCGUGACCAACAUAACGGAGCACAACCGGCGCCGGAUGGCCGAGGAGCUGGCCCUCGGGGCCAAGUUCGAGAGGCUCUCGUGGCGGCGCGCGGCCUCCUUCGACGGCGCAAGGCUGCCGGACGCCGCCGCGCGUCGCCAGCUCGCCAAGAUCCUGCGCUCCAGCCGAGCCGCCCUCUCGGGGGACAAGUUUACGGAGCUCCAGCAACUAAUAUCGGAAAUGAAAGAGAUCUACAACUCCGCGAAAAUCUGUCCAUUCGGACAGAAGCCCUACGACCCUCACGUACCGAAGGUCGGUCAGUCUGAGGGGGAGAACGCGGCACACCAGCAAUACCAACUAACCAACCAGCCGUUCCAACACUACCAGCCGUACCAGGACAAUCCGGAGUACCCCAAUUAUUGCGACAUGCAGCUGGACCCGGAGAUAUCCAGGAUCCUGGCGCACUCCAGGAUAGAGAGCGAGCUGCUGUACGUGUGGAAGAGCUUCAGGGAGAAGACGGGCCCCAAGCUGAAGAACAAGUUCAUAAGAUACGUGCAACUGGCCAACGAGGCGGCCGUGAAAACAGGCUUCAGGGACGCGGGCGACCAGAUGCGCUCGGCGUACGAGGACCCCUCGUUGCGGAGCAGCGUCGAGGAGGUGUACAACCAGGUGGCGCCGCUGUACCGGCAGCUGUUCACGUACGUGCGCCGCCGGCUGCUGCAGCGCUACGGCGCGCCCGCCCUGCGCCCCGACGGGCCCAUCCCCGCACACCUCUUGGGCAACAUGUGGGCGCAGAACUGGAAGUCGAUCAUGGACCUGGUGAUGCCCUUCCCCACGGCGCCGACCCUCGACGUCACCCCGGAGAUGCUGCGCCAGGGCUUCACGCCGCUCAGGAUGUUCCAAAUGGCGGAGGAGUUCUACACGUCGCUGGGGCUGAAGCCGGCGCCGCCCGAGUUCUGGCGCGGCUCGCUGCUGGCGAGGCCGCGCCCCUCCCCAGCGCUGCAGUGCACCGCCAGCGCCUGGGACUUCUGCAACCGCAUCGACUACAGGAUAAAGCAGUGCACGGAGGUGACCACUCAGGACCUGAUCUCGACGCACCACGAGAUGGCCCACAUCCAGUACUACCUUCAGUACGCGGAGCAGCCGCAGCUCUUCAGGGAUGGCGCUAAUCCUGCGUUCCACGAGGCGCUGGCCAACGCUGCCACGCUGGCCGUCUACAACAUGCAACACCUGCAACGGCUCGGGCUCUACAACAACAAGUCCCACGACCCCUACGAGGUGAGCAUGAACUUCCUCAUGUCGAUGGCGCUGGAGAAGGUCGCCUAUCUGCCCUUCGCCUUCAUGGUCGACCAGUGGCGCUGGUCUGUGUUCGAGGACGGAGUGGAGAACAUGAACGCAAGGUGGUGGCAGAUGAAGCUACGCUACCAGGGCGUGAUUCCGCCUCUGCCGCGAACAGAAGCCGACUUCGACCCUGGCUCCAAGUACCACGUCAUUGCUGACCAGGAGUACGCCAAGUACCUCCUGAGCACGGUGCUGGAGUUCCAGGUGUUCGAGCGGCUUUGCGCCGCGGCCGCCCACCAGGGCCACCUGCACCACUGCCUGCUGCACCGCAGCAGGGAGGCCGGCCGGCUGCUCAGGUCCUUU